UCAAUCAUAUGACCUCCUGUAGUUAGAUAUACAAGGAGAGCUUUUGCCUCUUCUUUCCACAAUAAUCAACCUUCUACAUAUAUACAUUUGAACCUAUAUAGCAUCAACCCCAAAACCAUUGUGAACCCCGUUUUCUUUAUAAGUGACAUAUUACAAUGUAAUCUAAUUCAGCUUUCUCUUCCAAUUCCCUCCUCACAGCGUGCUAUCGGGACGCACGUAUCUCGACCUACCACUUUUACAGUAUCACUCAUCUCGAUUAUAAUCCGUUACGCUGCGACGGAAACAGCAUCGAUGAUAAUUACGGCGGUGCUUACGUCUGGAAUGGGCCCUUUGGAUGUAUUGAAUAUAUGCUUUAUGCGGUUGAUAGUGGAUCAGGAAGCAGUACUUGCAGCUGUUCUGAGGAUGGAUGCACCCCAGAUAUAGUCCGGCAUGUUCUGCUGAUGGGACUUGUGAUAGUACACGGAAGUCUGCAGCGCCGAGCUCCGCAGCUUUUAUUGUUGGAAGAGCCAUCUCGGGAAUUGGCGUCUUUAAUGGAGCUGUAAGUAGACAUAACUUUGUCAUUUUCCGCCAGCCUCAGCUAUUGAAAUAUGUCCUUAAAUUAUUUGUAUUAUUCACGCAGUGCCACUACAAAAGCGCCACAGGUUGUCGGGCCUGUUUCGACGCCAUCUUUAGAGUUGCACCAGUAGUGGGUCCUCUAGUAAGGGAGCCUUAACCUCGAAAGUGACCUGGAGAUGGUGUUUUAUAUCAAUGCUCCCGUUGGUGGUGUAGCAGUUGUCAUCAUGCACUCUGCCUCAACGUUCCUGACCAAGAUAACACCAAGCUAGCUUUGAUAGAUAAACUUUCGCCCCUGGAUGUCAUUGGCAACAUGGUCCUAAUACCUGGAGUAGUUUGUCUUCUUUUAGCUCUCCAAUGGGGAGACCAGACGUAUGCUGUGAUUGAGCGGUAUCCUCUUUUGCGUUUCCUUAUUUAUUGACCAUCAGUAGUGGGAAAAUGGACGAGUUAUAGCUUUGCUAGUUCUCAUGGCCGUAGGUUUGUGGCUUUUAUUGCCGUUCAAAUACUACUUCCAAACACGGCCACGAUACCUCCGCGUAUUGCUAAUCAGUAGAGUAUUAUUGCUGGCUUCUUGGCAACUAUCUUCACAGGCUCUUCGCAAUAUGUGUGUAGUAAAAAGUCACUAGUACUGUAUUAUCUUAGAAGCUAACCUUUCGUGUAGUAUACUUCCUACCAAUUUGGUUUCAAGCCAUAGGUGGAGUCUUUGCAGUAGACUCUGGCACCCGGUUGCUGCAUUUGAUGUUAGCAACAGUGCUUGCGACGAUUCUUGCAGGAGUUGCAAUUCAAAAGAUUGGCUAUUAUACACCGAUCGCAAUCGCUGGUUCUUGCAUCAUGUGCGUUGGGGCUGGACUUCUUAUGACGCUGCAAAUUGACACAGGUGAGGGAAAUGGAUCGGUUAUCAAAUCCUAUACGGCUUUAGCACGGGCAUGGGUCCUCAGGCACCAAAUAUUGCUGCUCAGACCGUCCUUUCGACACAAAAUGUCUCACUUCGAGUAGCGCUCAUGUUCUUCGGCCAACUCAUGGGCGCAGCUGUACUCGUUUCCGCUGGACAGAACGUGCCAGGCACGCAACUUGUACAGAGAUUUCCCUGGGUUCGAGCCUAGUCCUAUCACCUCGAGUGGCGCCACAUCAUUUCUUAGCUCGCUUCCUGAGAAUCUACAGGAGACUGGCCUUGUAGAGUAUAAUGAAGCAUUGUGAAAGGUGUUUCAGAUUGGACUAUUAUUGUCCUGCCUUACAGCUCUUUGCACAUUGCUAUGCUGGAAGGAAAGAGUGUAAUCAAGAGGCCUAAUGCAGUCGCCGAUGACAUCCAUAACACCAGCAACGUUGGAGAGAAGGUGGCUGAUACAGAUGAAAGUGCUGCAUCAGAUCCUAGGCUGGCGGCAUAGAACCGUAAGAAAUUCUGGAUGUAUAACAUUAGCGAAAGAGUUGGCGUUCUAGACUGUCUUAUAGGAUUCCAUCGGGAUUUCAACGAUCAAUUGAAACAUGUCUGAUCAAAACGUUAAAUACAGGGCUUGAAGUGAGAGUGUUUGCAAAAUCUGUUUCUAAUAAGAACGUGAACUCUCCGAAAUGGCAAAGGAGAAAUUGACACAAUGUAGGACGGCAACGACUUUAUGCAGCGGCAUCAGACAAAUUGCAGAUUCAAGAAAUUAGAGUUGCGAAUGUGGGUUGAAUAUCUCCCUGACAAAUCAACUUAUUGCAAUCGAGAUCAUUCGUAA